AACAAAACAAGAAUCUUAAUUAAACCUUUGUUUUCAAAAGAACAAGAUCAAAACAAUGUCAUUGGUAACAGAGGAAAUCAAAUCAAAGUCCGAGGUACACCAUGGAGAUGAACUGUGUCAGGUGAAAUCCAAAGAGCUUCUGAAAGAGAUUUCACUUCCCAAUGGUCUCUUACCAUUGAAAGACAUCAUUGAAGUUGGUUACAACAGAGAAACAGGUUUUGUUUGGUUGAAACAGAAGAAUAGCAUAACACACAAAUUUGAAAAGAUUGGGAAACUUGUUUCCUAUGCUACUGAAGUGACUGCUUAUGUUGAAAAUGGUAAGAUCAAGAAACUCAAUGGUGUCAAAGCCAAAGAGCUUUUGAUAUGGCUUAACGUAGCUGAUAUUUAUGUUGAUGAUCCACCAACUGGUAAAAUCACUUUCAAAGCUACUUCUGGACUUUCUAGAACUUUUCCAGUUUCUGCUUUUGAAGUUGAGGAAGACAAUUCAAAUGCUGCUGGUGUCAAAGAGGCGUGAGUAUGAAUCAGAUAUCAUUUGCAUGCAUGGGAAAGAAAGCUCUCCUAGUUAUCAUUUCUCCUAUUAAAAUUUCAAUUAAUAAGUUUGUUGUUGCUUUUGUCUUUUAUGUACUUCUUUUUAUUUAAUUUGUCUUAGUAUUACUUUUCUUUACUAUUGUCUUGUCUCUAUAUUAAUUAAUAAAUAAAGGGUCAUGUUAACCAGCGCACAAGUUUCAAUGUAAAUACUUACAGAUAUCGGUUAACAUCAUCCAUAAAUAAAUAUGCGUACUAUUUU